AUGAACGAAAAAGACGAAACCAGCUCGCUCAUCAGACUGAAACCCCGAAUCUCUCUAUUCAAUGGGUGCACAAUUAUCAUCGGUGUUAUCAUAGGAUCUGGAAUUUUCGUCUCUCCAAAAGGAGUACUUUUGGAGGCGGGAAGUGCUGGAAUGUCACUUCUCAUCUGGUUGUUGAGUGGUGCAUUCGCUAUGGUCGGAGCCAUUUGUUAUUCGGAAUUGGGCACGUUGAUCCCCAAAUCUGGAGGGGAUUACGCCUAUAUUUAUGAGGCAUUCGGUCCCCUUCCGGCAUUUCUGUUCCUGUGGGUCGCCUUGGUAAUCAUCAACCCGACAUCCCUGGCGAUCAUCGCAAUAACAUGUGCCACAUACGCUCUCCAACCAUUCUAUUCGUGUCCGGUACCCGAUGUUGUCGUGAAUCUAUUCGCUGGAUGUAUCAUCGCCGUACUCACUUUCAUCAACUGUUGGGAUGUUCGAAUGGCGACGAGAACGAAUGAUUUCUUCACUAUCACCAAACUACUCGCCCUCUCUCUUAUCAUUGUUUCUGGCGGAUAUUGGCUAUCAUUGGGACACGUCGACAAUCUCGUUAUGCCUGAUGUCAACGAGGGAACACAGACGAAACUCGCCGCAAUCGCAAUGGCUUUCUAUUCUGGUGUAUUCUCGUUUUCUGGAUUUUCGUUUUUGAAUUUUGUCACGGAAGAACUCAAAAAUCCGUUUAGAAAUCUGCCACGUGCCAUCUACAUCUCCAUCCCUGUCAUCACUGUUGUCUACAUGUUUGUGAACGUCGCCUAUUUCUCGGUGUUGACUGUCGAUGAGAUCCUCGAUUCGGACGCCGUCGCGAUCACAUUCGCCGACAAGAUCCUCGGCUCGUUCGGCAGCAAAAUCCUGAUGCCAAUGUUCGUCUCAUUCUCGUGCGUCGGAUCACUCAACGGAAUUCUCAUCACAUGCUCGAGAAUGUUCUUCUCCGGAGCACGAAACAAUCAAUUACCCGAACUGUUCGCAAUGAUUUCCAUCAAACAGUUGACUCCGAUACCUUCGUUGAUAUUCCUUGGAGGGACUUCUAUCGUAAUGCUAUUCAUUGGAAACGUCUUCCAGUUGAUUAACUAUUUGACGUUCGCGGAUUCUCUGGUAUUCUUCGCGUCGACCGCCGGACUUUUGAAGCUUCGAGCCACGUUGCCCAGCAGUGUUCUCGAAAAUCGUCCCAUCAAAAUCAGCAUUCUCUACCCGAUUAUCUUCUUUCUCAUGUGUAUUUUCCUCCUAGUCCUUCCAUUUUUCCAUAGCGACCCCUGGGAACUCGUCUACGGGCUCUUCCUGGUGCUCUCCGGAAUCCCUGUGUACACACUGUUCGUUCACAAUAAAUGGCGCCCGGGAUUCGUGAAUUCCACGUGGAUUGGGUUCACUCAUCUCAUUCAGAAACUCCUCUAUUGUAUCCCCGAUUUGUCUGGGUCUUCUUGA